AUGAGAAAGAUACGAUUUGGAAAAGACAUCACUGGAAGGUGGACGGUUACCACUGACGGGGAGGCUUCCCCGCUUGCUAACCGAGACCUUCAGUUGAUUCUCACAGACCAGUUCGGAAACAAGAGUACCAUCCCAUUCACGAUUGUUGACACGAAUGUUGUCCUCUUCGUAUGGUAUGGCAAGGAUCAUGUCCGAUAUGGCACACACCAUCUCACUCUCUUCGAGAACUUCGGAUUGGCGGGGCAGACCGCAGUUGACGAGGUGGAGUUUGUUGAUCUUGUCGAGUACACAUCGCAGGAGAGCAGACCGACCGAGAGUGACCUUAACAUGGAGACCAUCGACCUCGCUGGCAAUCUCACCACGAAUGGAAGGGGAGCGAACAACUAUGAGUUGUGGCUCAUUGACGGCCAUGAAGGCACGUUGGAUGAUUUCCUCGAGUGGUCUAAGGGACCGAAGGGAGACCCGGGAGAGGAUGGCAAGUCAUUGACCUUUGAUGACCUUACCGAUGAGCAGAAGGAGGCGUUGAGGGGCAAGCAGGGAGACCCCGGAAAGGACGGUCUUGAUGCAAAGAUAAACGGUGUAAACAUCCUCAGGAUUGUCGAGGGUGCGAACAUGAGCAUCGAGCAGCAGGGUAACACUAUGGUCUUCAACAGUACCCCUCCAGGAGGCGUUGUCCAUAUCACGGGAGACGAGACCAUCGAAGGAAGAAAGACCUUCGCAAGGGGAGUCACCACGCCUCUCUUGGAGAUAAAGGACACUACCGCACAGGUAAAGGUCACGGCAGCAGAAUCGAUGUCUCCUACUGACAUAAGGGUUAAUAUUGAAGCAAAAACAUCAAGUGGUGACAUUGAUGUCCGUCUGCACGGCAUUGCCACUCCUACGAGUAACACCGAUGCAGUCAACAAGCAGUAUGCCGACACAAAGUAUGUCAAGCCUGAGGCCGGGAUACCGGAAGUAGACCUGUCUGAGGAAGUAAAGGCGAAAUUAAACUCUGGUGGUGGAGCGGAAGAGGUAUUUAUUGCGCAGGUAAACAGCACAUCCUUAACGGAGAUAAAGGCUGCAUAUUUGGGGGGCAAACUCAUAGUUGCACAGAAUGGGACAGGAUUUAUUCCAUUAUUUGAAUAUAAAGGUAUCUUUGCCAGAUUCAUAGAGGCAUUUGUGGAUUCUGGCACAACAAAAGUAAAGGUACUUACAGUAGAAGGUACAGAGUGGUCAUCCCAAGUGAUGACAUUGGCUUCAGCAGGUGAUGUUACCGCCCUAUCUCGGCAAAUCUCUGUCAAGUACACCAAACCAUCUUUAGGUAUCCCUGAGUCCGACUUGUCGGAGGAUGUCCAGGCGAAGCUGAAUGAGGGAGGUCAGUCUAUUGACAUCAUAGACAGCCUUGAUAGCGACAGGACGGACGCAGCCCUGUCAGCGAAGCAGGGAAAGGCGUUGGCGAGUGCGUUAGAUGACAAGGCUGACAAGACCUAUGUGGACGAGUCAGUGGCCGGAGCGAAGGGCAUACUGGAGUCGGGCAUUAACUCCGUAUGGGACGGGCUGAAUACCAGCAAGGCUGACAAGUCGGAACUUACCGCUUUGUCCGCAAAAGUCGGUGACUUGGCAAACCUCACCACCGAGGCGAAGGACAACCUUGUAGCCGCCAUCAACGAAGCAGCUAAGAACGGUGUGUUCGUGGCAGAGUACGAUGUGACUACCUAUAACGAAAUUAAGGCAGCACAUGAUGCAGGGAAGCAGGUGAUUUUGGAGUUUAGCGGAUACACUUUCCGCCUCACGGCAUUGAAGUCGCAGCAGGCGAAUUUUAGCCUGGUGGCAUCUAUCCGAGAGUUUGAGGCUGAUAUCAUAAGGGUAUGGGUCUCUUCUUCCUUUGAUACUUGGAAUUACGAUUCAUACCGACUUGCAUAUCGAGCAGAGGUGGAGCAAAGGUACGCGAAGCCAUCAGAAGGUAUCCCUGCCACCGACCUCGCACAAGAGAUACAAGGUCUCAUAGACUAUGCCAACGAGACCACGGGAGCAGGUGACACCCUGCUCGGAGAUGCAGUACACACUCUUGUAGAGGGGUACGGGGGAGGAGGGGAUGACCCCGACCCAGCACCCGAUGGAGUUGUGUGGUACAAGGCUCUCGUUGGGGACGGUGUGGCUUACAUCAAUACGGGAAUGGAGCCAAAUAGAACGCAUACUUAUAAGCUGGAUGUCAGACGCAGAACGCAAGACUCAAAAUUUUUUGGCGCAAAUGUUGGCUGGGAUUCAGGUCUUUACAUAGACAAAUAUAAUGAAAGGCGGAUAUAUUACUUUAUUUUCCGCAAUGGUGCAUCGGGAUACUCCAAUCCCGAUUCAUUUCCUAUAUACUACGGAAACCGCAUUGUCAUCACACUGGCUCCGAGUGGGGCAUUUUUUGAAAACUUCUCCUUGCGUAGUUCUCUUGAGGCAUUGAACCCAUUUGGCACAACGAAAGAUAUUACCCGUCCUAUAUAUUUAUUUGCCAUAAAUAACAAUGGGACGGCAGUAACGAGCAAUACACGAACAGAUUUCUACCGAUACACCGUCACCGAUGCAGGCGGUCUCAAGGCUAUGUAUUAUAUCAUUGAACACGAUGUUCUCCCAAGCGGAGAUGUCAAUGCCAGCGAGACUGGUCGCAGCACCUUCUCUCUCGCACUUUCAUUCUACUAUGACCGUCAGAGCAAGAUGGUGGUCAACACCCAGUUCAAGUCCGUGCAUCUGAUGCUUGUGGACGAGAAGAUGACCAUUGUCAAGAAGGACGAUGUGGCUACCUCAUACGAGGCACCUGCGGAGGGCGAGUAA